GUUUUGGUUUUUUUUUUCCUUCUAUUUGGUUUUCACAACACUAAAAGAAAGGGGGGGGGGAAAUGGGCUGGAAUGAAUGGAUGGAUUUUUGGGUGGUUGUGGCAUGCAAAACAAACAGAAAGUGCAUAAGCAGGUUCCUUGUGUUCUCUUUUUUGUUUACACUGCAGACUCUCUUUCUCACUCUUUUUUUCUUUCUCUCUUUCACUUUUCAACCUUUUAUACUCCUACCUUUUUUAACGUUUUCUAGCUCUACCUUUUUUAAAUUCAUUAGAGUUUAAAUUUCCUCACCAUCCCUUUUAUUCUUUUUUUUCCUAUCUUAAUAUUCUUCUAUUUUAUCAAACACCUCUAGGUAAGGCCCCGCUUUUUUGAAA